UGUGUGUGUGUGUGUGGAUAGAUAGAUAUGCCAUGCAUUUAAAAGAGAGAAAAAAGUAACCCGACUUAGUGGUCUAUAUAUACAUACGUAACGUAUUGUAGACGUGGAUUUUAUAUGAACAUAGAACGAGCUUUGAUUGAUAACAACUACUUCAAUGGAAGCCUUGCUUUGCCCCGAAAUCAUCCCCAACAUCAGAUCAUCCAUUGAUGAUCUUUCUCCUUCAUUCGAAUGGCCGAUGAAGAGCUUGUCGUCUCUUGCACCCAUGGAAUCAUCAGACAAAGGAGAUAAAGAUGUGGACAAACCCAGAUGCGAGUGGAAUCUGUCUUUGUCCGCCGCCAUUGUCGCCUCCGGCUCCGCCAAGACGGCGCCUUCGGACGCCAUCGGAGCAAUCGAGUUCGACUCCACGGGAGAAAUCUUAGCCACCGGAGGAAUCUCCAGGAAAAUCCGAUUCUAUCGUAUGAGCUCGUUCCCAGAUUCUCCGACAGUAGUGUUAGAUCACGGCGAGGUACUCCAGUUCUGCAUCUGCACUCCGGCGAAAUUGAGCAGCCUCAGAUGGAGGCCCGAUUCGAGCAAUCGGGUAAUCGGGUCGGGCGAUUACGACGGCGUCGUGACGGAGUACGACGCCGAGAAGCGAGUCCCCGUCUUCGAGAGAGACGAGCACGGAGGCCGACGCGUGUGGAGCGUCGACUACACGCGCUACACGGGCUCGGUUAUCGGUGCGUCGGGCUCUGACGACGGAACGGUGCAAAUGUGGGACUCACGAGCCGCCGAGUCCGGAUCGGCCGAGCCGUCAAAGAUCAGACCCGGUGGUGGAUCAGCGAUCUGCUCCGUCGAGUUCGAUCCAACCGGUGGACCAUCCUUGGCCGUCGGAUGCGCUGACCGGUGUGCUUACGUGUACGACAUCCGACGGCUCGUUGACCCCGUCGUGGCACUUGAGGGUCAUAGCAAAACGGUGUCGUAUGCUCGGUUCCUGGAUCCUCGGACCGUCGUGACGGCUUCAACGGACGGGUCGUUGAAGACAUGGGACGUGUCCGAGGGCCGGCGCGUGGUUCGCACGUACAGAGGGCACGUGAACAGCCGCAACUUUGUGGGGUUGUCGGUGUGGAGACACGGGGGUUUGCUUGCGUCCGGUUCGGAGGAUGAUAACGUGGUUGUGUACGACACGAGAUGGGGAGACCCGGUUUGGAUCCACCGGUUCGGAGUCGGGUCGGGUCAUACAGGUCGGGUCGGGACGGACCGGCAGUUCGUGAGCAGCGUGUGUUGGAGACAAGUGGGUGAAGACGGGUGCGUCCUCGUUGCCGGAGGAUCCGACGGUGUUUUAGAGGUUACAACUUUUUAUGGGUCCACUGCUGUUUUCAAUGUCGUCCGUUCGACGACAUUCAUGGGAGUUUGGAUAUCUGAACGCCACGGUCCGAUGACGAUCAUGAAUCGCAAAAUCUCGAAAAGAAUCGGAUUGGAAACCGGAGGUCCAUGCAUGGCUUCUUGGUAAUGGUAGGGUAUCGAUAUCUUAUCGAAAUUACACGAUGACCCAUUUGAUCAACUAUACAAUAGACACCUUUCUCUUUCACGUCAUCUCUAUAACUGUCACGUGCCUCUGUUUUUAUAUCUACCAGCUAACAAAGUGGAUAUUCAUGGCGUAUUUGUUUGAUU